ACAAAAUGUUACAGAAACUAUUCAUCUGUCUAGCGUUUGCUACUGCAAUUUCGGCCGCUGGAAAUGGUUGCACACUUGGAAAAUCUGUCAACAAGCCUGUAAUUGAUGGUACGCCUGUAUAUUGGCCAGCUGCUUGGAACGAGACUCAGCCUGCUCCUCAGCUGGAUAAUGGGCAGUCUUGCAGUUGGAUUGUGACAGUUCCACGUGGAUAUUAUGCAAAACUGAUAAUCAGUGGAAAGACAACUGACAAAGAUUCACGAUUCCAGACUGUGGAUGCUGCAGGAAAUCUUAUUCGGACUACUCAAGAAAACAUGGAACCAUAUUACUUUGCUGCUCCAAAAUUCACACUCACUGUCGCUAACGAAGGUUCAGCUACUUUUGCAUUUAAAGUUGUUUGGUGGCCACUUCCAACAGUAGAUUUCGAAUACAGCACAGGACCGACUGGAUGGAUUAUAAAUGCUACAAAUGCAGUAUAUGCUCAUGAAUACAGUGAAGGUGGUGGCAUCACUUUGAUGGUUUUCCCUGAGAACGAAACGAGCUAUUCUUCGUUGAGAAGCGCGUUGGUGUAUGAGGGAAGAAGCUUGAGUUCAGCGAAUUAUGUUUCAAAUCUCAACCUUCUCUGCCAGACGAAAAAACAAUGGGCUUCUACCCAAAACGCUAUUUUUGUAGUGAACCUUGAAGCUAGUCUCUCCAAGGAUAUUCUUCUAGUUCAAGCUAACAGAUAUUUGACUGGAAUCGAUGAGAUGGUGGAACUCCGGCCGCAAUUGAACUCGAUCUAUAAUGGAACGGUACACGGUGGGACACAGAUGUCUUCUCUUGUUUCAGUAGCUAAUAUCAAUAUGCAAAUGAUUGAUGCUCAGAUGAUAAAUGAGUCUAACUUAACAGUUUACCGUGGUUCUCCAGCCGCAUACACCUUUAAACAAAAUUAUACGGGAGCACAGCUGAAAAGCGCACUGCCUUUGUCUUUCAGUGGUACUUUUGUACAGUUUGUGGUCAGCAGUGGCCAGGCGGUUUUUACGUUUAAAAGUUGAUAUAUAUUAUAUUGAUUUGAAUGAAUGAAAGUAGAUUUUUUACUUUUUGAAAUAAUUAAGCCAAAAAACGCCGACAUAGAAGCAAAGUUUGAAUAAACUGUUAGCACUU